CAAGACAGACACUACAACAUUCAUACAGCGUCUACCCGAGUGCACCUCAUCGAACUAUUUUAUGGCAUGGAAGUGCGUACAGAGAACUGGCCGUGGUGAAUAAAGCGAGCUGUCUGACUGGUCGGACUAUCCCUGAUCUGAUACAGACGAAAGACACCACACACAGAGUGUACGUGCGAAGAGGCAACGACAGCGGGCAGUGCAUGGAGAAGCAGCAGUGUGUAUGAUAUUUUCUUUCUCUAAUUGUGUCAAAUGGGCAACUUUUACCCAUACAUAAUGUCGAAGUGAAAAAAUUUCGUUCGUACCGUGCGUGCGGAGAGGAAAAACAGGUUCGACAAAGUGUCCCGUGCGAGCUGAUCUCGAGCUCGUCGUGCUUAGCUUAGUCUGGAAUUGGGUGGAGCUGGCGAGAUACGACGGAAAAUUUCACAAACUGUGAAGAAGGAAGAAGCAGCAGCAGCAGCAGCCACAGUGAAAAGCAAAAUACAGUAUGGGUGCACUAGCCAGCAGACAGAAUGCAGCCGUAGAGGAGGCCGAUAUCAGUGCUAACCAUCAGUACAAGUAUCCGCCUCGGUCAGGUACGUUUGGGCUCAGAGGGAAUUGUAAUUAUUUCGGGACCCACUUCAUUAUGGGAGGCGAACGGUUCGAUACCCCCCAACCGGAGGCGUAUCUUUUCGGGGAGAAUGCUGAUCUGAAUUUUCUUGGAUGCAAACCGACUCCGUUCCCUUACCCCCCACCACAAGCAACAGAACCAACAAAAACCCUUAAAAGCUUAGUCAACAUACGGAAGGAAUCGGUCCGUUUCGUAAAAGCGUCAGACUGCAAUGCAAAAAUCCACGGCGAUGGAACCAAAACCAACGCGUACAACAUUGAGUUCGUGUUCGACGCGGACGCCCGGUGCGCCAUCACCGUUUACUAUUUCUGCAUUGAGGACAUCGGUAGCACCGGUGUCAGCUACAUCCCUCGGGAUUCGUCCAUUUCGUCCGAAACAUUCCACUUCAAGCGGGGAGUGAACCAGGUCUUCUCGGCUCCGUCGCACGUCUUCAAUCCGGCUCUGUUCGCGGAGGAUGAUCUCUCAUACAACUCCGAGAAGGACACAUUCCCGGUGGUCAUCCACUGCGUGGUCGAGGAGGGAACGGAAGAUUGCCGUCAAAGCCACACCACCAUCUGCGUGGUGGAUCAUCAUUCGGACGGAACGUUCGCUCUGCGCGCCUUGAAGCAGAAAAUAUUCGUCGACGGACUGUGUUACUUACUGCAGGAGAUCUACGGCAUCGAGAACAAAUUGGUCAACAAGUCGAUCGGCGACGAGGACACCGACGACAAUGGCAGCGAGUGCGUCAUCUGUAUGUGCGACACUCGUGACACCCUGAUCUUGCCUUGCCGGCACUUGUGUUUGUGCAAUUCAUGCGCCGAUUCGUUGCGAUAUCAGGCCAACAACUGUCCGAUCUGUCGGGCACCGUUCCGUGCGCUGUUGCAGAUUCGCGCGGUGCAGAAGAGCACUACCGGAACGAACGUGACCACGGUUCAAAGUCCACAGGAUGCCACGGAUAACAUUCCCUCGGGAUACAUUCCGGUGUCAUUGAUUGAAGCACUUAAUGGUCCAAUAAGUAGCUCGGUGAAGCCGUCGAAUACAGCCGACUCGACAACUACAGCUGAUGGCAACAAUGAAACUAACUUAACUAAUCAGAACGCAGACAAACUGGAGAGUGGCAAGAUCCCAUCCAAAGAAAUGGAAACCAGUGCAUCGCGUGAAAAGUUAAACCAGAAUGCCGUCGAUUUCCGCAUGUCGGUACUGCUAUCCAAGGAAGAUGGAUCGGUGACGUGCGUCACGAAGGAGCUGCUCAGCAAACAUUCGCCACUGAUGCAACGAGCCCCGGCCAGCCGCGACAAAAACCCACGCGAAAAAGGCACACUCCGGAUCCAAGCCAGCCAACCGGCAAUCAAAGAUCCACUAACUAAAUUGGAUCGCGAAACAGUCCAGCUGGUGAAUGAAAAAACCCAGCUUCCCAACGUGACCGAAAUCGAUGACGACAGCGAAGCGGAAAAGCUGUCCCCUCUGCUGCAAAAAGUUGACCGCGACGCGCCCCAAGACAACUGUGAUACCUAUGAGAAAAUGCCUAGCAUCUUGCGAAUGGAGGAAGACUCCCGAAGCCAGAAGUCGGUUGCCGUACUUGCCGCGGCCGAAGACUCCGACUACUACACUCCCGAAGAUCCGCACACCACCAUUCUCAGUCCACUCAAGGGAGAAGAGAAGCUGGACGGGAUGAAGAAGCUGUCCACGCCGUUGACCAUGCUGAAGGAGGCCUCCCAAAGUUCCCUCCCGGAUAGUCCAAUCAGUGGUAACUCGCACACUUCCACCCGUAGCUCCGGUGAUAGUUACUCUUCCAGUUCGAGUACACGGCAAUUGCUUUCGUCGGUCACAGCCAACGAUACGCCCACUCAUGUCACGGUCAACGUUGACUCUUCCGCGGAGGGGCUCGUCAAGCACGAGAUCAAAAUCGGAAACGGGCCCAAGAUGGACUGCAUCGAUAGCGACUGAGAGAGCUUAUCUUCUACCCCUAGGAACACGGAGAUGAAACAAUUGAACAAAUCGCAUUUCUUUGACUACAAAAUGAAGUAAAUAUAAAAUUAGAACAAA